AGUGAGCUGUAGUUCAUGAAAGCUUAUGCUCAAAUAAAUUUGUUAGUCUCUAAGGUGCCACAAGUACUCCUUUUCUUUUUGUGAAUACAGACUAACACGGCUGCUACUCUGAAAUCUGGGUUUAAGCUAACUCAGAGCCUUUUUUGUGACCCAGCAAAUGGACAGGAAUUUCUGUCCAGGUUGGAGUGGAGGGCGGGGGUAAGGCGAGAACCUUGUAGAAGAGUUGGAAAGAUUUUGGCUUACUAGGACUCUAUAAGAUGGCUGGGUCACCACUGAUGGAGAAGUAUUUCAUGCAAACCACUCAGUGAGACGUUUUAUCUAUAUUGCUUAAAAAGAUGUCCUGAAGGCAGAUUUAGUGCCAGUCUACAAUGUAGAAGACCACAUAGGAAAGUGCACAUUCUCUUGACUGCACCACUACACUAGAAUCAUCUAAUUAGUUGCUAGUGUUGAUUCUUCAUUUCUGCAAGUAAAUAUGGUUACCAUGCCCCACAACCUGUUCUUCUUACUCCUCCUGAUUCAACCUGAGUUUGGUCUCUCCACUCAUCAUCAGUGGGUUUCUAAGGACCUACCUUGUAAAAUAAAAACAAAACAGAGUAGCUUCUCCAUUCUCCUUGAUUGCAGUAAACAAAAGCUGAGAGCAGUCCCUCAGGAAAUAUAUACAAAUGUUACUGGCUUGAUAUUGUCUUUCAACUGGAUUGAAGAGAUUUCUAAGAAGGAUUUUCACAACUUUAAGGACCUUACAUUUUUUAAAUUAAACUGGAAUUGGCAUGUUAAGCCAAAAGAAUCUAAUUUUGAUUUGUCUCCAAAACCUUUACAAAUACUAGACGCAACUUUUUCAAACUUAAGACACUUAAAGGAAUUACAUCUUAAUGGCAAUCAACUAACCAGAGUGCCUGCAGGGAUUUCACCUAGCAUUACUUCGCUAAGUCUAAAGUCCAAUAACAUUGUUACUAUUAGCAAGAACACCUUCAAAGAACUCACAAAAUUGAAGGAACUUUAUAUGGACCAGAACUGUUACUAUGGUAAUGCCUGUGAAAAACCUUUCAACAUGGAAGAAGGGGCUCUUUCAGCCCUCACCAGUUUGACUGUGCUGUCACUUUCCUACAACAACUUGACCUGGGUGCCACCCAAACUGCCUGUGUCAUUACAAGAACUUUAUUUGAGUUAUAACAAGAUAAAGAACAUCAGUCAAAAUGAUUUUAAGAAACUAGUUCAUCUAAAAGUUCUUGAUUUAAGUGGGAACUGUCCAAAAUGCUUCAAUACACCUUUUCCAUGUGAACCCUGCACUGGAAACUCUGCCAUUCAAAUACAUCCUCUGGCUUUCCAGAAUCUUAAAAAAUUAAAGACUUUGGUUCUAUCCAGCAUGUCACUCACUAGUGUACCCGCUAUUUGGUUUGAAAAUAUGUCAGAGCUAGAGGUGCUGCACCUUGCAUCUAACUUCUUAAUGAGCGAAAUAGCUACUGGAAAAUUCUUACAGAAUUUAUCUUCUUUAGAGGAACUUGACCUAUCUUUCAACUACCAGAAACAAAUAUACUCACGAUAUCUAAACCUCUCAACGUACUUUUCUUCUCUAGUAUCUCUAAAACGAUUAUAUAUUAAAGGUUAUGUCUUCAAAGAAUUAGAUAAACUGCACUUGGAACCUCUGUUUGCUUUGAGAAAGCUAAAUGUCCUUGACCUUGGAAUAAAUUUUAUUAAAAGAGUUGAUAUGUCUGUCUUCCAGGCUUUUAGAAACCUCACGGAAAUAUACUUGAAAGAAAACAAAAUAUCCCCACAAACAACAGAAAAGCAUGUUUUUUUAAAAUCAUUUGAGAAAGAGGACUAUUUGAUCAAUUAUCAUCGUACCUCGGUGUGGAAAAACAAGUUGAACCCUUCUGUCACAUAUUCUGAUAAAAAAAAGCAAUCAUAUUACUUCCUUAAACAGCUUUGUACCUCAUAUGGCACAGCCUUGGAUUUGAGUUUAAACAAUAUCUUCUUCAUUAACCCAAAUCAGUUUAAAGGCUUUGGGGAUAUAGCUUGUUUGAAUUUGUCUUCAAAUGCCCUUGGGCAGGCUUUCAAUGGCACUGAAUUAAUCUAUUUAUCUAAUCUCAAAUAUUUAGAUCUCUCAUUUAAUAAACUGGAUUUGACCAGUUACUCUGCAUUUAAAGAACUACCUAAUCUAGAGGUAUUAGAUCUUAGCUAUAACAAGCACUAUUUUCUAGUGACAGGUUUUGCACAUCAGCUACUAUUUACUGAAAACCUUCCUAACUUAAAAAUUUUAAAUUUAAGCUGGAAUGACAUUUCUGCACUAACAAAAUUUGAACUAAGGAGUGAUUCCCUUCAAAAACUAGACUUCAAAGGAAACCGUCUUGAUACCUUAUGGAAAAAUGGAGAAAUGAAUCACAUACAAUUGUUUAAGCAUCUAAAAAAGCUGACACAUCUAGACAUCUCAUACAACAGACUUCGAAAUAUCCCCACUAGGGCUUUCCAAAAUCUGCCUCAGAGCUUAACUAAACUGUAUAUAAAUAACAACAAAAUACAUACCCUCAGCUGGGAAAAUCUUAGAUACUUUAAAUCUCUGAAGUUGCUUGACUUAAGUCAGAACAAACUGAAGGCUGUUGAUAUCCAGUACAACUACACACAGUCCCUCCAGACUCUGCUGCUAAGGGAGAACAAGAUUUCCAGGAUUGUUGUUGGGUUGCCUGGGAGAGUCAGCAGCCUCCUGUACCUGGAUUUGAGUUACAACCAACUGCAAGUCUUAAAUCAGUCAACUUUCUUAUCAGGACUUAUACAACAUUUGAACAUUUUAAAAUUAAAAGGGAACCCGUUUGACUGCACCUGCAAAAACAGCAACUUCAUAAGGUGGAUACAGAAAACCAAAACUCCGAUCUCACAAGUAGCAAGAAAUGUAAUUUGCAUGAACCCUGAGGACCAAAGACAGCAUAGCAUUCUCUUGAUUGACCUGCAUGCUUGCAUUCUGGAUAGUGUUGCAGCAAUAUUAUUUUAUAUUUCUUUCUCCACUAUUAUUAGCAUUAUGAUAGUAGCAGUUACUAAAUAUAUAUUUUAUUGGGAUGUCUGGUAUACUUAUCAUUCUUGUAUGGCAAAAAUAAAAGGAUACAAAUCUGUAACCAUAGACAAAGCUCUCUUUGAUGCUUACAUAGCGUAUGAUACUCAGGAUGCAACAGUAACUGACUGGGUAAUAAAUGAGCUACGAUUUCGUCUCGAGGAAAACGGAGACAAGCAAGUUCUGCUUUGUCUGGAGGAAAGGGACUGGGAGCCGGGAAAGGCUGUCAUUGACAACCUUGCACAGAGCAUCCAACACAGCAGAAAGACAAUCUUUGUUCUAACCGAAAGAUAUGUGAAAAAUGGGAACUUCAAAACCGCUUUUUAUAUUGCUCUGCAGAGGCUAAUGGAUGAGAAUACGGAUGUGAUUGUGUUUAUUCUACUGGAGCCGGUGCUACAGCAUUCCCAGUACCUGAGGCUGAGGAGGAGGAUGUGCAAGAGCUCUGUUCUUGACUGGCCUAAGAAUCCACACGCUGAAGGCCUUUUCUGGCAAAGACUAAAAAGUGCAGUGCUAACUGAUAACAGCAUGCAAGAUGAUGGGGUGUACAGUAUAUAGAAAGGGGUUACAACAGCUAGCUUCACUUCUCAAAAAGUAACUUGUGCUUUUCAGUGCCUCAGUAUUUGGGUGCCAAAUUUUAAAUGUAUUAAAAAAAGAGUCCUAAUUUGAGGGGCAGGAGGGUUGUUCAGCAUUUUCUGAAAAUCAGGCUGCUCUAGGUUCUCUCUUGCUGGACAACCAACAUCACUGGUCACCUUUGAAAACUUUGGGUGGUUUUCUUAAAGUUUUAUGGGGUGUACUCUAUGGUAAGUACUUACAGUUGAAUGUACUGGUUACUCUGCUAUAUUGUACUGAAGAAAGUGUGCUUUACAAGGUUAAAGUAAACGAACGGAUAUAAAAUCAUCGUGACAGAAUUAAUAACAUGCACACAUUAAUAACAACAUUAUUGCUGCAUAUAAACGGUAUUUUUUUCUUUCUAUUCCUGUGCUACAUUUUUCAGUAGUGGAAGAAAGUUUAUUCUCUAACAAGGCAAUGUUUGUUCAGACAGUCACUUUUUUCUGUAUCUUUAUAGGCAAUGCAUUUAUUACAACUUUAUUCAUUUAUUUAUUGAAAUUUAUAUAAAUUUGUAUUGAUAAUGAAAUACAACAUUCUAUUAUAAAAUUUAUGUUUACAUAAUAAUUACCUUCAGAAUGUCAACUACUUGGGGGCCAGGCCUUUGUCAGGCAUGGUGCACAUUUAUAAUGCUAUCUUAAUAAUGACACUAGAAAUUUUUUGUGGAGUUGAUGGCUUCUUUGUGUCAUUAUGUCAUUCAGACAUCUGCCAUUGCUUCAUAUUUUUUCUGUUAUACUGUUAGUAAAAUGUCUUUUUAUACUGUAUGAGCCAUAUUAAUUUUUAUAUGUCACACCACCUCAUGUAAAGGAACAGAUAGACUAAUUCUGGCCACUGGCCUAUGCUCCCUAGUAACCAAUCUUCCUUUUUCAUAUUGUCAACUAUAUUUUCUUUAGAAACUGUUCACUAGUGAUUGUAAGAGUAAAUUCAAAAUUGGGCAUAAAGGUUAACAUGCAUAUACUGAGGUAAGAAUAAAUAUCUAGGUAAAUGUAUAAAUAGGAAUGUGCAAGUGUUAUUGAUACAGCGUUAUAGCUAUCAUUUGGUUCACAAACAACUGGUGCAGUAUUUCUAUACUAAGGGAGGAAAGUAGGAUUUGGCGAAGUAUAGAUUUAUACAGGUGUUUGUUGUAGCAAUGUUAUACAUGGAGAAGUACACAAGUGGCUGU